AUGAGUAUUAAGACCGUAGAACGGCAGAGUGUUUGUCGUCAGUUGUUCUUGGACAAGACUCACUAUCUGAGUAUAAACAUGGAGAAGGCAGUUGGAGUUAAAGGAUUCUCAAGUGUUGUGGAUACUGAUCAACUUUAUCUCAACAUCUCUGGCUCUACCUGUACCACCAUAUCCAUCAUCAUGGAAAUACACAUUGGGCCUUCUUGUCAUUCAAAGCCUGAACUGAGAAUUUCAGACAAUGAACAGGAAUUACGAUCAGAGCUGGAGAAGAGUAAAGAGAAGUUUCAUGAACUCAAAGAACGUUUUCUUGUGUCUGAAGCUACUGUCUAUUCCAUGGCUAAUGAGCUGAAAAAACACAAUUGUCAAAAAUUCAAAGACAUUAUCGAGUCUGUUCUGGGUGAGAAGCUGCAAUACAAGGAAGAAAGUCUGGCUGAGAAGCUGAGCCUGGCUGAAAAUCUGAAGGAAUGUAGUUCCUACAUUCAAGAUCAAGACCAGAAGUUGUCCUUAUUUCAUCAGAAAUUACAGCAAGGGAGAUAUGCCUCAUUUCUCCUGUGUCAACAUCUCAAGGAACUCUUCAACUGGGGUGACCCUAAUACCAGCCAAGGUCACAGCUUCCAUGACAUUCUGGCUGUGGGCUGCAGGCUGGCAGAAGACCUUGCGUGA